AUGGCACGUCUCGUGCGAGAGCGUUUGCUGAGCUUCUUCGAUGGCGCGGAAAAUGCGGCGGAGAAUCCCGACCCGCUGCUGGACGUGGUGCACCAGUACCCAGAAGAGGCCGCAUGGUUCAUCAAGGUAGUGAUGUUUUUCGGCAGCAUCUCGGGCGUCGUCAUCUCCAUCCCCUGUGGACUUUUCUUGACCAUGUACUGGGGGCCGUGCGGCCUCUGCAACCGACCCCUGAGGUACUGGAUUCUGGUCCACUGUGUGCUGCAGCUGCUCCAGGCACCGGUUCGGCUCGUCUUCUUCCUCCGCCUUUGCCACAUCCAGCGCCUGAAUGGCAACAUCCAGGAGUGCGUGCGGCACCUGACGCACAGUGCAGCCUGGAGGACUAGUAAGGUUGUGUCCAUUGUCACCUAUGGCUGGUUCAUUCUGGGCGUGGUCUGGCUGCUGAACUCCACGUACUGCAAGCCGUGCCCUGGCCUCUACCGGCUAUCUCUGGCAGUGAUCUUUGCAGCUGUGGCCAGGCUUCUGAUGACACUCAUUGUCUUUUACCACUCUUUCCCGCCGCGCUUCCAGAACCAACCACCCCCGAAGCCACGAGGUGCCUCCCAGGAGCUCAUCGACUCUAUGCCCUUGGUCGUGUACUCCCCCGAGGUGCGUGGCGACUCGGAGACCAGCUGCGCGGUGUGCCUGAGUGAGUUCGACCGAGAUGCCGUGUUGCGGCGUCUGCCCUGCGGCCACAGCUUUCACAGGGGCUGCAUCGACAAGUGGCUGAAAAGAAACAAGGUUUGCCCUCUAUGCCUCCAAGACAUCGAGGUCCCACAGUCGCCGAAGGGCCGCUGGGGAAAGGAAAAGGCCAACUGA